CGUCCCCGUGACGCAGAAGUGCCCCGUCGUGGCAUGGUCGCCGUGGACGCUGUCGCAGAUGCGCGGUGGGGGUGCGGGUGGCGGUGCCGGGUGGGCGGCCGAGCGGCACCAUGGGGAGAUGUGCGAGUGGCUUGAUGGGGUGGUGAGUCUGGAGCAUUUGACGGCGGGGGGCGUGCGGGAGAAGUAUGUGGAUGUGCUGGGGCGGGCGGUGAGUUUGGUGCUGAAUGGGGCGUUGGGGCUGGAGAAGGUGGCGGAUAAGACGGUGUUGGGGAAGGUGGAUGCGGAGAGGGCGGGCGUGGUGUUUUUUCGGUAUUGAGGCUUGCGUUGAGGGGUGUUGGAUACUACCUGCGUGUAUGGCGAAUAUUGUAUGGUAUGGUAUGGUAUGGCAUUUACGAGUCGUCAAGAGUCUACGCACAGCGCCGUUGCUUAUCAUCAUCAUCACCCCCUUCAAAGCCGCACCCCAUCACCGCAGCCCAUCACCGCUCCUCCCCACCACGACGACGACGACAAAGCAUGCGAACAUAGAAGGUCACGCUGUUAAAACACCCUCCCCAACAACAAGAAGCAUCGCAUGUGGUUGUCUACAUACGGACAUCGAUCUUUAUGUCAAGCUUGAGUACGGGAGGAAAAGGGGAGGAGGGAGAGGGCGAUGGAUAUGUAUAUGCGUAGAUAGGUAUGGGUCUGGGUCUGGGUAUAGGUAUAGGCACAGAAAUACAACACGCGCAUCUGGCAUGAAUGACGGGUACGCCCGCGUGUCGAGUCAAGCCAAAGGCGUGAAAAGCACGUACCACAAUCCACGCAGCGUUGGUCAUUCACACUGCACAACGUGACCCUGCACAACGUCACGUACCCGACAACGACCAUUCAAUACAUAUAUAUAAAUACCCAAACCUCAACAGCCCUACCUAAUUACUUUCCUACCUACCUCCCCACAAGGCGACUCAGUGACUCAGUGACUCAGUGCACGCAAGACCUGCCUACGAGAGGCAUCUAUGGUUGUUAUGUGCA